UCAUCACCGCAAACCUCAUGUGGCCUGGUCCUUGGUCUACAUCCUCGGGUGUGAACUCCACAUAUUUUCUACCUUGGGAAGAUAACUACGCUCUCGAGAAGAAACUUUCCAACCUCCUAGAGUGGAUUGACCUCCCGCUGGAAGAGCGGCCGCAGCUUAUUCUUGGGUACGAACCGUCGCUAGACCAUGCUGGCCAUACAACAGGGCCGAUGUCCAAGGCCGUUAACAUGAGUCUUGCAGCUGUCGAUCUUUUCGCUCGGAACCUAACCCAAGCACUAGGCGAGCGCAAUCUCACGCAUAUCGUUGAUAUCAUCUUCGUCAGUGACCAUGGGAUGACGGACAUGAGCCACCCAACUUGGAUAUAUGUUGACGAGAUUGUUGGUGAGCUGUGGAAAGGUGUUAUCAAGAUGGAUGGUUGGCCAUCUAUGGGCUUACGCUUCGCUCCUGGCACGAACGCGACUGAGGCCCUUGAGCGUCUGUGCGAGUACACACUUACCCACCCGGAUCAGUUCGAUGUGUUUACGACCGAGAGCUUCUCUACCGACCCCGGCACCUCCUUGAUAGACCUCAACACAUUCAACUACGGUAAAAUGUCUGCAUGCACAGUGGAGCCUGUGCCCGAACGAUACCAUUUCUCCCAUAAUUACCGCAUCGCCCCUGUGUGGAUUGUACCGCGCAUAGGCUACGCGCUGACUGACCGCUUGGGUGGCAAAGACGGAGUGCCGACUGGAAACCACGGCUACGACAACGAGGACCCGUCGAUGCGUGCCAUCUUUGUCGCACACGGGCCUUUCUCGCGGGGCGCCAGGGCUUCUGUAGUCGCGCGAGGAGAGGGCGAUGCCACAGAGGAGUACGUGAUGCCAGGGUUCCAGAAUGUCGAGAUUUACAACCUCGUGAUGCGACUGCUGAGCCUCGACGCUACGGAUAUAGCUACAACCAACGGAACUGCUGGAUUCUGGGAUAAGUUUGUCUUGCCAGAUG